AUGAUGCGGGCGACGUGGCUGCGAGGCGGGAGGCUCGGGCCGGGCGUGCGGCGCAGGCGCGGCGCUAUCGAGCGGGCGGCGACGCUCAGAGACCCGCCACCCGCUGCGGCCGGCGCCCGUGCUGCGACUGCGGACACUGCAGCUGGCGGCAGCCCGCACACGAUGGUCGGCGGCGCGCUGCUGGCGCUGGCGGCGGCGCUGGCCGCGAGCCGGCCGGCGGCGGCGCGCGAGCUGGACCCGGCCGCGUGCGCCGCGCGCUUCGACGUGCAGCGCGACAAGAUCAUCCGCACGGAGGAGUCGCGCGAGAUGGGCGCGCGCUACCUGUCCGAGCUGGACGUGGGCGCGCGCCACGAGUGCCGCCGCCUCUGCUGCGAGACCGACGCCUGCGACGUCUUCGUCUACGAGGAGAAGAGCCCGGGCAGCUGCUACCUGUUCAACUGUGGGCCGCCGGAGGACUUCCGCUGCAAGUUUACGGCGCACUCCAACUUCAGCAGCGGCGUGCUGGCGCUGAGCCGGCGGCUGGCCGAGCUGCAGGACCAGGAGCGCCUGCCGCCGCCGCGACGCCUCGCUCCCACCACUACCACCACCACGCCGCCGCCGCCGCCGUCACCGCCCAAGCUGGCGCCGGCGGGGUCGACGCAGCCGCCGCCCACGCCCGCUGCGCACCCCGCGCCCCGCACCACGUCGCAGCCCGCGAGCCGGUGCAGCCGCUACCAGUGGGAGUGCCACUCGGGCGGCGAGUGCAUCGCGGUGUACAACGCGUGCGACGGCGUGGCGCAGUGCGCCGACGGCAGCGACGAGGCGCCCGAGCUGGGCUGCCCCGCCGCGCCCGCCCGCGCGUCGCCCGCGCCCGCGCCCGCCCCGCUCAACGUGUACGAGCCAGAGGCGGGGGCGGGCGCGGGCGAGCGCUGGCCGCACCGCCUGCUGCAGGCGCAGCCGCGCCGGUACCCCGCGCCAGUGAGUGAGGGCGUGGCGUCGCACAUCUUCAGCCACAAGGGCGGGCUAGUGCAGGAGGAGCCGGCCUUCGAGCCGCCGGCGCCGCCGCAGCCCUGGCCCCGGCACCCCUGGCCGCCACGGCAAGGUGCGGAGAGCGGUGGCUGGGCGGGCUGGGCGCGCGACUGGGUUGGGAGGGCAGCAGAGGUGGGGGGGCCGCCGGAGGCGGGGGGGGCCGCGGAAGCUGCGGGGCCCGCGGAGGCGGGGGGGCGCCGCGCCUGGCCCGCGCCCCCCGCGCCCGCACCGCCAGAUCCGGAGAUGCCGUACGUACCCGGCAAGACGAUGCCGGAGCUGCCGGAGGUGUACCCGCAGCCCGUGUCGCUGCACGACGCGCCCAAGAAGGGCCCGCGGCCCGCCGCCGCGCCCGCGCCGGCGGCGCGGCGCGGCGGGGGCGGCCGGGACGAGCUGGACGGGCUCAGCGAGCACCCGCCCGCCGCCGUGCUGCUGCUCGUGCUCGGCGUGGCGAUGACGGGUGCCAUGGGCGUGCUGGUGGGGUGCCGCGCCCGAGCCGCCCGCCGCCGCCUGCGCCGCGCGGGGAAGCCCUUCGCGCACGACGCGGACUACCUCGUCAACGGCAUGUACCUGUAGCGUGCGACGCGGCCUGGUAGCUGCGCCGCUGCAGCGGUUGCCCCUACUACGACCUUGAGCGGAAGCCGCACGAGCUUGCAGUGAGCUCCGUCACGUCUCCUGUUGAUAAAGUUGAGGCGGAGAGCGACGCGCUACGAGAAUGUUACUACACGUUUUGUAAUCGGGUGAAAUACUACGCCGUGCACCCACGUGUCAUGUUUGUAAAUCAUAAUCUUGUGUUUUGUUCUGAUCGUUAUUUCUAAGCUUUUCUUGUGAUCGAAUUUUGGUUUAGUUUGUCAAUAAAUAUUAUCUAUCAUGUUAAA